AUGGACAAGCUGCUGCUUUGGGUGUUGGUAUUCACUAGCCUUCUUUCAGAUGCCUUUGCCCAGACAGGGAAGAGGUUUAGGCUACAGUCAGGGAGGAAGGUAUUUGUACUCCCCAGAGAAUCUUAAAGUGAUCAUGUGAAGCUGAUUCCACAUCUGGAGAAACCUCUGCAGUUUUCACUGUGUUUUCCAACCUAUAGUGACCUUUCCCGCUCUCAAAGUUUUUUCUCCUAUCAUGUCAGGGGCAGAGACAAUGAGCUAGUAAUCCAUAAGGAAAAAGUUGGGGAAUACCAUCUGCACAUUGAACAUUCAAAAGUCAAAGCCCGUGGUAUGGAAGAAUUCCCUUCUCCAGUCCACUUCUGUGCUAGCUGGGAGUCCUCCUCUGGCAUUGCUGAAUUUGGGGUUAAAGGGAAGCCUUGGGUGGAAAAGGGUCUGCAGAGGGGCUACACUGUGAAAGGCAAACCCAGUAUUGUCUUAGGACAAGAGCAGCAUACCUAUGGUGGAGGGUUUGCUAUGUCCCAGUCUUUUGUGGGGUUUGGGGAUUUGUACAUGUGGGACUCAGUACUGACUCCAAGAGAUAUAUCUGUGUACCAAGGUUCCACUCUUAAUCCUAAUGUUCUGGAUUGGGGGGCUCUCAACUAUGAAGUAAAUGGCUAUGUAGUCAUCAAGCCCAGAGUGUGGGGAGUCCACGAUGAUCUUAGUUCUGACAAUACUUCCCGCUUCUCCAAUGGCCCUGGCUUUCUCAAGUUCUGUAAGUCUUCAAAUAGCAAGGAACAUGUUGUAGCUUUGUGUUUCCAUGGGAACCCUCUCACUAAGCCUGAAGCGAAAGAAACUGCAAGACCAACAACCAUCUUCUCUAAAAACUAG